AUGAAGCGCCGGCCAAUAGUCUCCGAUAGAAUUUUCAGGCAUUUAUUGCUGACCUUGGUUCUCCUUGCCUCCCUUUUACCCGGCGUCGCCUUUUCCUUCAAAUUGGGCAUCAUCCCUUCGGGCCCUAGGGCGGGAGGCAGGGCGGGAAGGAAGGGGGCGGCGGCGGAGGAGGAAGCAGGCGAGGACGAGGAGGAGGGGGAAGAGGAAAGCGAGGACGAAGACGCGGCAUGGGACGACGUGGUGCGUGUCUUGCAGAUGAUCGAGCGAGAACACGUCCUUCCCCCACCCGUGGUCCUCGAGGCGCUCUCCCAGCACGAACAGCUCCCCCUCUCCGUGGCGCGUACCUACAUCGUCCGUCUCCUCAAAGAGGCGGACGGAGACCUGCAGAGCCACCAGGCCAACAUCGAGUCCCUCCGAAAGAGCACCCACGAGAAACGCGCCGAGGUUCAGGACCUCCGGACCUCGGCCCGCCUCUUCCAGAGCACCACGUGCGCGGCCUGCCAGCGACCGUUGGAGCUCCCUGCGGUCCACUUCCUGUGCAUGCAUUCGUACCACCUGGAUCCCGGGUGUCUGGCACAGGAGGGAGAGUGCAACGAGUGCGCGGCCGACCAGCACCACUACGAGCGGAUCCAGCUCAAGGAUCAAAGAGGCAAAGCUACGGAGCACGAAUCGUUCUUCACAGAACUAGAGGAGCAUGGAUUUGCGGCCGUCGCGUCCUACUUCGGGAAAGGGGUUUUGAACGUGUAG